UCAGACUCCGCAUCGCCUUCCAGCAAGCGGCGUGAGUCAGCCGAGAGGCCCUCCUCCACACACCCGGCGGGAGGCGGCGGGGAGGAGGGCGGGAGAAUCUGGUCGCCCAUAAAGCGUGCUCGACGGGGCGGAGGCCGCCAAACGCCCCCCUCGGCCGUGCUUGGUUCACUGCAGCAUCCUCUCUCGCCAUGCAGCUGCUCUCCAAGGUCGCGUUGCUGGCAGGCUGGCUCGUGCUGCUUCUGGGGCACGUCUGUCCCCAGGCGGACAGGAAAGACGACAGAGAGAUCUGCCUGCAGCCACCACUUAAAGGAUCCUGCCGGGCUCUUCAUGACAGGUGGUAUUAUGACCGAUACACACAAACUUGCAAGAUGUUUAUCUAUGGUGGUUGUGAGGGGAACGCCAAUAACUUCCUAAGUGAGGAAGAUUGUGAGAAAACUUGCCGGAUGAUCAGAAAAGUUCCCAAAAGAUGCCGACUGGAGUCUGAUGAAGGGCUGUGCAGAGCUUUAUUACGAAGAUACUUCUUCAACCUAAGUUCAAUGACCUGUGAGAAAUUUUACUAUGGCGGAUGUCAUGGGAAUGAUAACCGAUUUUACACUAAAGAGUCCUGUAUGGACUACUGCCUGCCUCAGAAAAAUGGACCCUCAUUUUGCUACAGUCCUAAAGAUGAAGGAAGAUGUUCAGCCUCAGUAACUCGUUUUUACUACAACAGAGAGACAAAAACCUGUGAAGAAUUCAUCUAUACCGGAUGCGGUGGAAAUGAAAACAAUUUUGCAAGGAUGAAAGAUUGCAUCAAAGUCUGUAAGAAAGAUAAGAAACUAAAGCGCUGGGGAUGAGGAGGAGAUGCCUUCAACAACAGUCAGAUGGAAUGACAUCAGCUGUCCUUUGAAAAGUCAUCAAAUGCUUUAACUUAAUUUAUAUAUUUAAUACAUUUGAUAAUAUAUAUUUUCCCUGUAUGAUCAGUUGUUGAAUGUUGCAAGCCAGAUCCAGUCAGGACAAAUUUCAUGUAACUCAGCCUUCUGAACUAUAUGAGCUCUUCUGGAGGAGUUAGGUUUAAUAUCCAGCAUCUGGGUAGCUGAAUCUUAUUCUGAGAUCUCGGUUGGCACAAGUGGACUUCAUACAUAAUUCUCUACAUGCCUUUUCUCUACUAUCCUCUGGAUGACUAUGCUAUUAUAUGGCAAAUGAAACCUAUGUACUGGUCUUUCUCCCUUAAUAUGCUAUUAGAACACGCAGGGAAGGUUUCAGUUUAUAGGUUUAACAGCAGCUUUCCUGGAGCCUCUUGCUAUAUAAAAGUAUUUUUGUAAGUUUAAAACAUAAUGUAAAUGAAUUUGUAGAAACAUGGCCUUUUGUAUGGUGUACAGAAAUUGUCUUGCCAUUUUGGGAGAAGGAGCGUUACACAGCUGAAGUAGGAGACAUUGAUUUUUGAGUCAGACUUUUUUCCAGACUGCAAAAAUAAAUAUUGCUGCUGUCAGUAUUUUUUUUUUGUCAUGAACUUCUUAUGAAGAUGAUAAGGAAUAGUCAUAUUAUCAAGUGUCAAGCUUAUGGGGGAAUAUUUAGUAUGAAUUGUUCAUGUUUCCUUGAAUAUUGCUUAUACAGAUAAGUGUGAGUUUUUUUUCCAGAGGGUAGUCAUAUUGAUUUGCAGUAGAAGAACUAGAUUCAAAUCUUGUAGUACCUUACAGACCAACAAGAUUUUGGAGGUGUAAGAUGUUGCAAGCUUAUACUCCCAUCCGCAAGGUCUCUAAGGCACUACUAGACUGAAUGAAGCUCUUGUAAGUUUUUUAUUAGCAAAUAAAGACAAUAAGCUGUUUAAAAUUGUCUACCAGUGAGGGCAAUAAUUGACUACAUCUUUCACCAUCAUUUGAUUUGGCAGUAAAAUAACAGGAUUUAUUUUCAUCAUGAAUUUAUUUUUACUGAUGAUAAACUAUGGACAUUAUAAUGGGGAACAAUUGAUAUAAAACAACUACUUGGCAUCUGAAAUUUUCUAAACACUGGAAACAAGAUCACAUCUCUUUUUUUCACAAAUGUAUUUAUGCCUCUGUUAAGCUCUUGAUAGUCACCAGAUUUAUUCUAAAUCAGGAAACAAUCACCUGUCGUACCCCUUGCUGAACUUUUUCCUAGGUCUCCAGGCAUCUCUGCAUCUGUGCUGGGUAAAAUAUAAGCUGUUGAAGAACGUGUGGGCCACUCCCACUGUAAAUGUGUCAAUAUGUUAAUAAAGUGAGAUACAAAAUAAAAUGAAAUACUUCGUUUACAUUAAA